UUUGACAGUGGUGAAUAAAAAGUUGUUUUGCUUCGUGCAAAUAAGUGCUGCUCUCCUUGGAAAAUUGCGCAUUUUCUCGUGGAAAAAUGACUACAGCUGCUCGCCCAACAUUCGAUCCUGCCCGCGGAGGCUCCGGACGAGGCGAGAAAGACCUUAGCGCAUUAUCUAAGCAAUAUUCCAGCCGAGAUUUGCCCGGACAUACAAAGUUGAAAUACAGGGAGCAAGGACAGGGCAGCAGCGAUGAGCUGAGGAACCGAGACUUCCGGAAGGAGUUGGAGGAGCGUGAGCGUGAGGGUGGCGUUAAGAGUAAAGCCACAAUCCCCAUUCCGGCUGUAGUGCGUCGUGCCAUUGAGCAGAAUGCCUCAGCAAGCAAGAGACCCAAACUGGACCAGAUUCCCGCAGCCAAUCUCGACGCUGAUGACCCCGUUGACGGAGACUCCUCGGAUUCUGAUGACUCAGAUGAUGACACAGCCGCACUCCUGGCGGAGCUGAACAAGAUCAAGCGCGAACGUGCGCAGGAUACAAAUCGCCGAGAGACGCUGCGAAAGCAAGAAGAGGAGAGGAUCCGAAUGGAGAACAUCCUGUCGGGAAAUCCUCUACUGAACUACAGCUCCGCCCCACGAGGAGAUCUCAAGGUGAAACGGCGAUGGGAUGAUGAUGUGGUGUUUAAGAAUUGUGCCAGAUAUGAGCCCAGCAAGCGCGCCCCGGCCUUCAUCAAUGACUCACUGCGCUCGGAGUUUCACAAGAAGUUUAUGGAUAAGUACAUUAAGUAGAUAUCAUGUGAACAAUUUCCCACGAUUCCCUGCAAUGUUUUCCCGCCCGAGUCGACCUUUCAAUAAACAUAUUGUAAUACCCGCUAUUCGAAUUAGUUGAAGAU